AUGAAAAAAAUUUCUUUAGAUCGUCAAGCAAUUUAAAACUUAUUUGCAAAUAUAGACAAUCAAUUUAAAAUAAGGCUCAUCUCAACCAACUGUUUUUCGUUACAAUAUAUUCCAGCAUCCGAAGAAUUAAAUACUCUUUUUAACACUUUUGAAAAAAGUAAUUUUAGCAAAAAAGGAGCAUGGACCCCUUGCUAAGACAAAUUAUUAAAUAUCAUAGUGUUUGGAAUGUGUUUAUCGAACCGUGUACUUCCUCAUGAUUUAAUAAUAUAAGAUUGGGAAAGAAUAUCUAGAUUGGUGAUUCAUCAUAAUUGGAAGGCCUGUAGAAAUAGAUGGCUUUAAGAAAAGUAAGCCAAAGCAAGUUGGACUUUUGAGGAAGACUAAGCCCUUGUCUAACUAUAUAAUUAACAUCCAAAUAAAUGGUGUGAUAUAGCCAUUGAAUUGAUGAAGAAAUGCCAAACACCAUAUGCCAGAUAAGGAAAAUAAUGUCGGGAUAGAUGGGUUAAUAAAUUAGACCCUAAUAUUAAAAAGGACCCUUGGACUAAAGAAGAAGAGUUAAUGUUAUUUUUAGAAGUAAAGAAAAAGGGAAAGAGAUGGGCAGAAAUUUCAUUAUAAAUAUUUUAAUUAAGAAGAACUGAAAAUACAAUUAAAAACAGAUAUUAUAAUAUGAUCAAGUAGGAAUAAAAUAAAAUCAAAUUGGGCAAAAUGAGUAAUGAUGAAAAGGAAUACUACGUUAUGAAUAAAAUAAUUAAGGAACUUUAAGACAAACUGUAUGAGAAUUAACAUUAUUGCCUUGAUGAUACUAAUUAGAAAAAAAAAUUUAAUUAAAAUUAUAAAAUUUCUUAGUUUUCUUAACAACUAUGCAAUAUUGAAUGUAUUGUAAUGUUAAAAGGAAGGAAAUUAAUAAAGCUUAAUUGA